CAAAAAAGGGCCUAUCAAACCUAUAAAAAUAAAGAAAAGAUGGCAUCAGACUUUGUCUUUCCCUCGGUUUCUUCCUUCCUUUCCUUAUCAAUAUAGUACAAUGAAGCUUUCAUCGACCGUGACCUUAGUUUUCACUGCCAUGGCUAUGGCGAAUGCACAAAGUACCAAGUCCACUAGCAGCAAAUCAUCUACCUCUUCUACUACCACACACAAUGCCCCUCCUCCUCAAAAAUCGCCAGAAUGGCUUUCUCACGUCGUUCCCCUUUCUGGUAAUGUUCAAUCUUACCCUUCUGGAGGUAAGUCCAUCCCUACCGGCCCAUUACCCAGUGUUUCUUUCGAUAUUUCUGGCUAUCCUGAAGGUUGGAAGAGUCCUCCAACUACCUCAGCCGAAGUCAAAGCUGCUAUUGCCGCUAUUGAUUGGUCUAUGGUUCCUAACGUACCUGUCCGUAAAUCGGAUAACAACGGUGACCUGUCUAUGACUGGCUAUGACGAUGCUAAAGAUCCUGAUUGCUGGUGGAGUGCUACUGGCUGUGUCACGCCAAAGAACGCAUCCAUUCCAGCAGAUGUUGCUAACUGUCCCAAUGUCGGCGACUGGGGUUUGACUUACGAUGAUGGCCCCCUCACAGCUGAUGAUGGUGGCAAAUGGGCUGAGCCUGAGUUGUAUGACUUUUUGGCUGCUCAUAAUAACCAAAAAGCAGGCUUAUUCUACAUCGGUUCAAAUGUUAUUGCGGCGCCUGCUGCUGCUCAAAGAGCCUUAGCUAACGGUCAUACGCUUUGCGUUCAUACAUGGUCCCACCCUGCUAUGACCAGUCAAACAAACCAUCAAAUCGUUGCUGAACUGUAUUGGACAAUGAAGGCUAUCAAGGAGGUUACAGGUGUUACUACCAAGUGCUGGCGUCCUCCUUACGGUGAUGUCGAUAACCGUGUCCGUGCCAUUGCUUGGCAAAUGGGUCUUACUACUGUUCUUUGGGAUGAAGAUACCGACGACUGGAAUAUGCCUGGUGAAGGUGGAGGUAAUUUACCUCCUGCGACUGUUGACGGCUACUUUGAAGGUUGGAUCAAUAGCCGUAAGAAUGGUACCGAUAAUAAACAUGGCCACAUCGUUCUUCAACAUGAAUUGAACAAUUCCACUGUCUCUAUGGCUGAAAAAUGGCUUCCUAAGAUUCAACAAGUCUUCAAUGUUGUUCCUUGGAACCAAUGCUUCAAUAUCUCUAAUCCCUACUGGGAAACCAAUUUUGUGUAUCCUGUCGCCGAUGAAAGCAUUCCUAAAAAUGCAGCAACUGUUACUACUUCUCCAUCUGCCUCAGCUUCUGCUUCAGUUGCUGCUAGUCCUGCCUCUCUUUCCGCAAAUACUGUCACUUCUACUCCCACUGACAAUUCUACCCCCACUGACAAUUCUGCUUCCACUGACAAUUCUGCUUCCAAUGACAAUUCUGCUUCCACUGACGGUACAGCUUCAAGUGUUCAUGCUGCUGGUGCCGUUAGUGCUAGUGCUGGUUCUCGCGUUACCGCUGCCUCAACUGCUGGUCUUUUCGGCGCUUUGCUCUUUGCCGUCUUAUAUUAGGCUGCUCAAUCAUAAACAUCCUCGAGAAAUCCGACUUAACUUUCCAUAUCCUUCUUUAUUUAUUCUCCUUUGACAUUAAUACGUAUCUAGUACUUCUUUAUGUACGCAGCCACAUGUAAUUUACUUUACCUUUAUCAGUUAAUAAAUUAUAGUAUAUUGACUUUAACAUCAGAAAAAUAUUUGACAUUAUGCUUGAAGCCUAGUGAUCUCGUCGUCGACAAGCAAUGGCAGAGAAGCACAAACAAAUCGUGAACUGGGGC